AUUUAACCAAUAUGUGCUUGGUGAGGUCAGAAAAGUAGUAUUAAAAAAUCAACACCACGGUCUCUGCUCAAUCUUGGAACUGAGCACCUCCAUCUUGGAUCCCUGCCAAUCGUUGUUCCAUGCUUCAGCCUUUGUACCAGUCUGUCAGCGUAGAGCCCCCACUUUCACUCCACCAACUUGUAUCAAAUAUCUUCAUGGAAGCAAAAAUGAUCAACAGACAAGAGGAAACCUAAGGGUUUAUUUAAUAAAGUGAGUAUUCAAAGUGAAUUUAAGGCCAGUUUAGCUAUAUUGAUCUUAAAUUUUAAAGUUCGUUUCAAUUCCCACUUUAGUAAAUAAAUUCUAUAAUAGUCAGUUCAAUCAUGUGUGCCCUGCCUGUGCCAAGACUGAACUAGAUUAUGAUGUUAAUUGCUAAAUUUUUAAUAUACAUUUUUAAAAGAAAACCAUCACACGAAUAAAAAAGUUAUAACACAAAUUGUAGUUAGUUUCCAACAUUUUAUUUAGUUGUCUAAGUUCUACAGAAAUUAUAGUUCCACUCGAAGAGUCAAACCUUCUCAGCUAGGUGGAGUAUUCAAGUAACAUACAUUCAUUUUCGGUUGGAAAACCAUUAGGUGGCUAGUUCGUGGUUUGUUUUUUGGAGGUGGAAAUGUGUUUUAAAAAAAAAAUAAUAAUAAUUUGUCAAAAUGAUGAAGCCCAAAUUAAUCUACUUUUGACCUAGGAAUGUAAAAGACACCCCAGGAGGAGAUAACUACUAGAAAAAGUCUACUUCUUAAUUAAAGGACCACUAUAGUGCCAGGAAAACAUACUCCUGGCACUAUAGGGUCUCUAGGUCCCCCCACCCUUAGGGUCCCCCUCCCACCGGGCUCUAGGGUGAGAAAGGGGUUGAACACUCACCUUUUCUCCACCGCCAGCUCUUUCGGCGGUGGGGACUGUUUAUAGCAGAAAGGGUUAAUCCUAGAUGGACCACUAAGCGGAAGUGGUCUGGGUGCCUAUAGUGGUCCUUUAAGUGAAGAAAGCAAAUAUAUUGCAUCCAAUUGUCCUUGUGCUGUUCACAUAACAGCCUGGGCAUCUCAUAUCUGUAAUAUUACUGGGGCAAAUUAAUUUUACUAGAAUGGCAGCUGGGGGUUUCCAGUUAAACAAACUUUCCAAAUUGAAAAUGCCAAAAAACAAAUCACUAUUUUAGUAGAUAUGCCCCCAAUGCAUAUAUUCAUGUACAGUAUUCGUUGUGGGUACAUUGUAAAAGAGCUUGCAAAAGAGGCAGUUCAUAAGAACUGCAGACUUUGCAAACCCUUCCUUCAGGGGUGUCAAGGGGCUGACCUGGGCUUGAGCGCAGAGUGGGCUCCCAAAAAGCCCCAGGUCUCCAAAAUGGCAGUUAGAAUUCUUAGUCCCCAGUCCUGCGGUUGGUCGGGAACACAAGGCACAAAUGGUUCCCACUAAAGGUCCAGCACUCUGAAAAUACUUGCCAUGAGUGCUUGAACUUCAGUGAUACUUUGACCUGGGAAACAGGUGAGCCAGAGAACUACUGCAGAUUGGCAGAACCCCAGUCCGGAUCUGAUUGUGUGCUGCAGGUGGCCACCUAAAGGCAACACAGGAGUCAGGUGCACAGAGCUCCACGAUGCAGGAUCAGGGCAGGACUCAAGACUAUGCCAACAGCAGUGGUGCAGAAAUGAUGAGCAGAGUUGCUAGGGGUCAGUCCAGACACAACUCCAGCCAAAAGCCACACCACUGCGCCACGGCUACAAGUUUCGUGUACUUAAUCAAUGUAGUGCUCCGGGCCGAAUGAGUGUGCUGCAUGCAUAGUUCAGGAAGUAACACCUCCCGAGUUACUGCAGCUCUCCCUAUAGUCCCUUCCGAUCAGGAGGUGAAUGCUAUUCUGCAAUGUAUUAGAGAGAUGGAUGCUGCACACUCGCAGCACCCAUCUAUUUAUAAUACAAUUAAGUGUAAUAUCAUUAGCAGUGCCAUGUCAUCACCGCGACCCCUUUUCCACACUUUUUGGAGUGCACCACGGUGCUACUGGUAUUUAUUUGAAGGGUAGAAUAUCACAUACGUUUCAGGUAUUCCCUUUCUCAAUGCACCAUGUCCCUUUUUGGAGUUGCAUGGGCAAUCCGCCUCUACCAUAGGGUUUAAAUGAAGGGUUUUUUUUUGUUUUGUUUUUUUAAUUUGUCAUUACCCUGUCAUGGUUUCCUACUGGUUCCUCACUUAGUGCAUUUAUAUUGUUCCCUGAUUUCCUUGUUCUUUGAUGGUUUGUUUUUUUUGUAUUUUUUUUUUUUUUUUAAAUUCUGUUUUAUGGACACUUCUGUAAUCCUGACUUGGUUAGUUAUAUCGUAUUUCUGGUGUCCUGAUCUUUGCUUGUUUUAAGUUUACGCAUUCGCUCAUUUUUAAUUUAAACCCGGCCAUUCUAAGGUUUGGUAAUAACGUCCUUUUGGUCUAGUGUUCUUGACCUAUACUUGUAAGUUGGGUAGGGUAGCCAUGACAACAAGUACAAGUGUCUUGAUGGGAUGCAGUGCACACAGAGCAUGCUGUACAUACAUAGGAAGCCAAAUCCCAGCGCACACUCAUAUACACUCUGCAUCCCAUACACACACAACGUUCCCUAUAAACACAAUGUUGGAAUCUGCUCCGCACAAAAAUUCACACUACAGAAAUGCAGAACUGGGGGCGUGGUUUGCAGCCGGAGCAAGAUGGACGUCUCCAAGUGAAGCUCCACUGGGACCACGAAGCCAAUAGCUAAUAUACGCAUUUAAAACACUUUUUUCACCUGUGUGGCUCGAAGAGUCGCCGACAUGGACAAACGCCCGCCGAAAAAACAGCCCAAAAAGCAAGUAGAACAGGGCACCACGGUGUCCGACAUGUUCGCGGCAUCCCGCGCCCUGAGAUCCACUCCUCAAGAUGGCGGAUGGCUUGAACAGCAGGUGGAGUCCACGGUUGUGGCCCACAACACUGCUACAUCCUAUAUCAACAAGCUGUCCUCGAGGCUAACGAUGGCGGAGACCACCCUAGAUGAAAUAGGGAAUAGAUCCCGAAGGAAUAAUAUUCGGCUGCGGGGCCUACCUGAAAGGGAAGGAGAGGGUUCCCUGAUGGAGGUAGUAACCGCAAUUCUAAAACCACUCAUACCGGAGGUGCCAGAACAACAAUGGCACAUUGAAAGGGCCCAUAGGGCACUCCGCCAAAAGCGGGCAGAAGAUAAACGCCCGAGAGAUAUUAUAAUUAAAUUUCUCUAUUUCCAGACAAAGGAGGCCCUAAUGAAACGCAGCCGGGAGGGCACGAUUAAAUAUGGAGAAGUGGAACUCGCCUUAUACCAGGAUUUAACGCCGGCGACCCUCCAGAAGCAGCGAUCAUGGCGUCCGGUGACGGAGAUUCUGCAGAAGCAUAGGGUGAGGUACGCAUGGGGCUUCCCCUUUCGACUCCUGACAUUCCAUGAAGGGCGCACCAAGACUCUAAACACCGAUGGCGAUCCAGGAGAGUUUCUACGGAGCCUGGGGAUCUAGGACCCUGUCGACAUGGCGGCGUUUCCCCCGGUAGAUGAGUUACAGCCCCUCCCGCGCGAAUGGUAUGCAGCGGGAGAAUGAGGCUCCUGGUCCUCGGCGGACUCAGCGGUACCAGUGACUGGCAGGAGGGAACCCCCGGUUCGCUUAGAAGUGGGGAUGGGUUAGAGCCUAGAUGUUGGGGAGGUGGAAGCUGGGCCCCGGCUCGAACAAGGGAGCCCCCAUGCCGAGCGGAAUUCCCUUUUUUCUUUUUCUUCGUGAGGGGUUUUGUGUUUUAUGGUUAUUUUUGACCUCAGUUGAGAGAGGGGAGAGCUCCUGGCUUUAGCCAACGUAGAAUCUCGCAGGCAUUUCGACCCCUUUUGGGUGGGCUAGGGAUGUGCGGCUCUAUUGCCGGUUGCGGAGGGCGAGCGGCCCGUAGCCCCUCCAGACCUCCCCCUGUGUUGCGGGAAACUGGGUUUUCCGGGUGAUCCAGACUCAUUUAUUACUGUGUUUUGUCCAGGACUCUGUGAUUAUGAUUGUGGUUUUUUAGGUUUUUUUUUUUUUUGUUUGUUUUUCUUCUCUCUCCCUUGUUUACUGGUGUGAUUACAUAUGGGAAGGUGCGCUUUUAAGCAAAGGAAUAUACAUGAGUGGGGAAGGGGCUGUCAGGGGAUUUAGGGCUUGUGCACAAUCCUACUUGGGGGUUUUGAGCCGUUGCCAGCCAACUGGCUGGGGCCCAACAUUCUCCGCCUUUUAAAAGGAUCUCGGGUCAAAAAGCGAUCCUGCUAUAUGCCGGUGGUGGGGUGGGGGCGCCGUAGAGGCCUGUCAGGGGGAGGGAACGGCCCACGGGCAGAGGCACAUGCCCCGACGUUGUUGUAUUCUGGCUUGGGUUACGGAAGGAGGAGGGACAACGGGUGUGUUACGUGCCAGUUAUGUUCUGGUAGGACAAUGGAGGCGAUGGAUCCGGUCGGGCUUCGGGGGCGGGAUUAUACGGGCCACCAUGGAAGGGCCGCGGUCGGGGGCACCAAACUUCCUCGACUAUUUCAGAGGAGCUCAUAUAUAUGUAUGCAAGAACUAUGUCCUACUGCCCCAUAAUACAAUACAACAUGCCUAGGAUCCAUUACCACAACUCUGGCUUUUUGCGGAGGCUUCCAACCUGGUCCCCUCACUGAAUGGCUGGUUGACGGCCCUCCACAUUAGAUACUGGUAUUAGCAAGAGAAGGAGGGGAGGGGGAUAAGGGAGGAGAAGAAGAAGGGGAGGGGGGGAGAGGGAAGGGAAGAAAAAAAAGUGAAAAAAAAGAGGACAUAAUGUUUAAAAAAAAUAAAUAAAUAAAUUAAAGAAUGAAAAGGGAGAGAAAGGGGGGAGAGGCCUAUAUCCCAUAUAAGAAAUAAUGGGCGAUAAAAUAUGGGAGAGGAUCUUGGGCUGAUAACUGCGCCCAUUGAGGCGGCUCUACUGUUUUUAUUAUAUUCGUUACAAGCCACACAGGUGGUGGUGUUUAUUUUUGAUGUUUCAGUUGGCACUGACACAGUGCCCACAUGCCCCGUACACCCCAGGGUUCUUGGAAGCACUGGGGGUGGCGGGACAUUUACCCCAAUCGUGCCUGGCUACAGGUAAGCCCAGGCGAUUUAUGUACAUAGUUUACUUUUUCUUACUCUUUUUUCUACCCUCCUUCUAUCCUAUCUCUUCUCUCUCUUACCCCCUCCCUUCCUCUACACUCCCCGGGGGAACGGAUGGGGAAGGCCCAGGGGCUCAUUCUAGUAAUCAAGGUGCCAGUAUGUUUAGUUGUGGGUGGCACACCACGGAUUUACCCAUGCCUAUUAGGUUAAUAUCUUUAAAUGUUAAGGGCUUGAAUGCACCUAAGAAAAGACGGCUCAUGUUUAGGGAAGUGAAGCGUUUGAACCCAGAUAUAGCCUUCCUACAGGAGACACAUCUACCUAAAACGGCCAAUUUCGCUCUCAAAGAUUAUACAUACAAUACCACAUAUGAAGCGAGAGCCCUCAAUAAACGGAAUGGCGUAGCCAUCCUGAUACAUCGGAGGUGCCCGAUCAGAAUUAGUGAAGUUAGAAUCGACCCAGGGCGCCGCUUUGUAUUAGUGUCGGGAUUCUUGUAUUCCCACGCGAUUCAUAUCCUCAAUUUAUAUGCCCCCAACGAUCCGUCUAGGGAGUUUUGGGAGGAACUUACUCGCACUGUCAACACACUCACGAAGGGAAUGGUAAUAGUGGGGGGGCGAUUUCAACGCGGCUCCAUCCCCGGCGGUGGACAGGGGACCCUGUAAGGGAAUUCCCCGAUCCUACAGAAGGGGCGGACAAGAUAAACUAUUGCACACAUUCAUACAACAAACAGGGCUUAUAGAUAUUUGGAGAGCUCAACACCCAGAUGAGAAGGAUUAUACCUUUUACUCACAGCCACACGACACAUAUUCCAGAACUGACUUCUUUUUAGUAAACUCCCAAGUUGUCUCUAGGGUCUCGGAGUCAUUUUGUAUGUAUUCUGUGAAUGUCUGCCAAUGGUUAUGUACGUAAUGUAUAAGAUGUACUGUGUUGGAAAGAAUAAAAAAAAAGAAAAGAAAUGCAGAACUACUCUCAAUAAACCUGUAGAAACACAAAUGCUGGCCAUCCAAAACGGCACAUAAGACGCCCAUUAUUAUUCAAAAGUAACCCAAACUACUAUUAAGCUCAUAAGCCAGUGACUUGUUACACACACACGCAAUCCUUUAACCCCUUAAGGACACACGACAUGUGUGACAUGUCAUGAUUCCCUUUUAUUCCAGAAGUUUGGUCCUUUAGGGGUUAAAGAAAUAUCAGAUCAAAAUGCAACACUGUAUUAACAACCUGACUGCAGCACAAUAGUGUCCACACACAUACUGCAUCACCAGGACACACAAUACAUUCCUUACGCACACACAGACUGAAUUACCAGCAAUAGCACACUGCAUUCUCUACAUACACACUAAAUCCCUUCUAAAUACACGCUCUGUGGAGUAGUAGGUUUGUGCUGUAGGGGCCGUAGAGAGACAAACUGCCCCUUUAGCACACACACAAUCACACCUUUUAAACACCUUAACAAAACCGUUUCUGGUAUCACCAUAAGUAGUAUACCAGAGGGCAGUCACUUGCAAUUGUGAGGUUUAUUACAGUGGAAAUCUGUGAUACUGACAUACAAAAUUCAAGUUGCUCUCUGAUUUAUAGCGGUGUAGCGCUAUGAUUCACUACCUAUGCCCAUAUAUAAUGCUGUAUAUAACCUAAACUUCCUGUUUAUUUUCUUACUAGGGAGUUCAGUUUUAUAGAUUCUGUUAUUACCGUAGGAUUUUGUUUGUGCCUGUGUGUGCUUCUGCAUGUCUGUCUGCACACCUGUGUGUAUGUUACUGUGUAAGCAACACUGUGUGUGCCAAGAGGCAUGUUAAAAGGUGGAAUUGGGUUGGGGCUUUAUGAAGGGGUCACCAAAUAGCUUUUGGGCUCAAGCCUUUCAGACUUUCUCAUUGAGAAGUCUCUGAAGCUAUCUCUCCAUGCACGCACAUUUGCCUGCUUAUGCGUGCGCACUGCAAAGCUUUCAGAAUGAAUGCUGAUCUAAGGUCUGAAAACAUGUAUGCGGCCGUGGUCGAGCAGAGACGUAAUUCUGGCCCUGGACUACUAAACAGUGCAUGACUGGUAGCAGAGCAAGAUAAUGACCAGGGCCGGAUUAACACAGGAGCUAAUGGAGCUUAAGCUCCAGGCCCAUGCAUAUGGAAUAAGCCCAUUAAGUAAAAAAAUAAAAGGAAUAAAAAAUAAAAAAAUUUUUUUUUUUUUUCCCCUUAAACUACUCUUCACAUGCUCUUGCUUAAGGACGUGUGACCUGUCAUGAUUCCCUUUUAUUCCAGAAGUUUGGUCCUUAAGGGGUUAAGUAUGGAAACGUAAAAUAGAUGUAGGGGAACAACACUGGUGUGGACUGACUGACAAUUAAAUUAGUUAAGGUAAAGCUGACUUUGCGCACUAUGCAAAUGCUCUUGCUGCUUCAGUCUCUCUAACACUGUGGCAUGUUCACUUUCUUCUACAUACAUUUUUUCUUUGUCCCAGACUGUAUAACAGUAGCUUCUGCCUGCUAGUAAGGUUAGGAGAGGAGUGGACCAGCGAGUGCUAGGGGACAGUCCUUAGAAAGUGUAGAGCAAGCACAUCGUUAGACACAUUUUAUGCCAAGCUCAGGGUGCUUCACACCAGACUGGCCAACUAAUUAUUUGUGCAGACACCCCCUCUUUUGGGGCAUUUUUUUCUUCCUCUCUCUCUUCUCUCUCUCCCUCCUCUCUCUCUCCCCCCUCUCUCUCCCCCCCUUCCCCUCUCUCCAGCCCCUCCCCCCCUCUCUCCUCCCCCCUGUAGAGCUUCACAUCUUACCACAUUUCUCUCACCUCCCCCCCUCUCACCCAGACUCCCAACUAAUUAUUUCUCUCUUCCCCCCUCCUUCCCCUCUCUUUUUUCUUCCUCUCUCUCUUCUCUCUCUCCCUCCUCUCUCUCUCUCUCUCUCCCCUCUCUCUCUCUCCCCUCUCUCCCUCUCCUCCCCUCUCUUUCCCUCUCUCCUCUCUCUUCUCUUCCCCUUCUCUCUCUCUCCCUCUCCUCUCUCCCUCCUCCCCUCUCUCUUUCUCCUCCCCUCUCUCUUCUCUCUCUCUCUCUCUCUUCUCUCUCUUCUCUCUCUUUCCUCUCUCUCUCUUCCUCCCUCUCUCUCUUCCUCUUCCUCUCUUCCCUCUCUCUUCCUCUCCCUCUCUCCCUCUCUUCUGCUCUCUCUCCUCUUCCUCUCUUGCUCUCUCUCUCUCUCUCUCUCCUCUCCUCUCUCUCUCUCUCUGCCUCCCCCCUCUCUCUCUCUCUUUCUUGCCUCCCCCCCUCUCGUGAUAUCAAGUCCUGUAAUGCGAUGCAUAUAUAAUUAAUUAUGCAAAUUAGUAUAGCCUGUCUGUUUUUCAAAGCAAGGUAAGCUGCCUAAACUAGAUAGAAUGAGCCAACGUGCUGACUGCACACUGCUCCUUUCUAAUGUCAUUACAUUUGCUGCAUGUAUGGGUUUUACUCCAAGGCUUAUAAAAAUGAUUUCCACGUUUUAAUUUUUCUUUAGGCAAGCUUCUUGUACCUCAACUUUAAUGUUUUUUGUGGGUGGCCAUUUUUGCACUGGGUAAAAAAUACUGGUGUAUAUGUUGGUACAAGCAGACAAACUCUUCUGCAAUACAACUUUAUUAAUUUAAUAUAUCUUUCUACAUUCAGGAUAUGAUUCACGUUAUGCUCUCCCUGUGUUUUACUAGUCUGCAUGUUCUGUGUGGUUACAUGUGAAGAAUGAAUGGGAAGGCCUGUGUUUCAACACGUACCAGCCCUGGAUGGUAUUGGGAAACCUGACACGUAUGGGUUGGGCGUCUUUAACUGUAAUUCUUGCACUUCAGAAUGUUUCACACUUCCACCUGUGAGUUGCCUUUUGUGUAAAGGAAUCUUUCUUCAUUUUUUGUUUAAUUUUUUUUUUUUUUUCUACCAUCUCUUAUUUCUAAGCAGCAAACGGUGAAGACACAAUCUGUCCACUGAGGACAUGGGGAUCCUUUACUCUGAGGUAUGUUAAACUUUAAUUAUUUAUGAGCCAGAAGCAAGUCUAGCAGCAGGUAACAAAAUACCUGAUUUUAUCAGUUCUACCUCUCUAGACAAAGGUGACACCUUGUAUGUAAGAACAUGGAUGUGCUAGGGGAUAAAGGUAACUAGUAGAUUGCAGUUGCAUUAAAGUUGUACGUAAUUUGUAAUUUAACUUGUUGUUUGUUUUUUUUUUUUUUUAACAAAGUAGAGCAAAGUGGGUAGAAACAACGUCCAAGGUUGAUGUGUAAAAAAACCAAAACAAACCAAACAAAAAAAAGAAGAGUGUCUGGAUAAGUUAAUUAAUCUUUUGGGUAUGGAAAUUAGGAUGGUCAGGCAAAGCAUCAUGGGAAUUGUAGUUGCGCAACAGUUGGGUAUCUCCCUUUUGACAUCUAUUAGAAAUGUUUACACUGAUAAUUUAUAGUAUUAUGGUAUAGUAAUGCAUAUACAUAUGUGUAUUGACGAGGAUAUAUUGAUUUAAUGAUGAAAAUGGUGGUCUAAUAGCAAAAUAUGCCUAGUAUAUAUUCAAGACAUCUGAAAUUUGAUAAAAUACUUAUUGGAAGUAAACAUGUAUACUAUACUUCUUAAAGGGUUAAAUGAUUAAAUAUGAUGUCUUGUUUGCAGUAUUAGAUGGAAGUGAGCGUGUAAUUGAAUGUUUGGUUUUGUUUUGUCCCCGUGUGUUUACUUUCUAGCUCUCUUACAAUGCAAAGAAAUAUUCAGUUCUUACACUUUUGCAUUACACCUACAGCAGUACGGUUGGUUUAUUCAGCGAACCUGAAUUGUGUGAAAGGAGAUUGAAUUGCAAACUUAAGGACAAACUAGUCAAGUGUACAACUAUAAAUAAGGUGCGCUGUGUCUUUAAGACAUAAAUUUCAAAAAGUGCCACAAGUGCUAAAUAUGAUAAAGUGCAAAAUAAUACAAGGUGCAGUCUGUGUAUAGGGUGGGUCUUCUCCAAAUAACAAACCAUACAUGUAAGGGAGAAACACAAGUAUAUAAACAAUAAUAGUGUAAAUCCGUUUAAAAAAACAAUAUCAAAAUUAAAAAGGGGGGAGGUGGGGGAAAGGUGCACUCACAAAGGUAGAGCAGAUUGAAGCCAUAGAUAACUUUCAAUAACAAUAGUGCAGCUUGUUUAUUAUAGCCUAGAUUUUGCAGUGCACUACAUUGUGGUUUACUGUUUCAGAUAAUAAACAAGUUGAUAAUAUCACAAGUUUGAGUUUUGUGAAUGUGCCCUGUCAUUAAAUUAAAAACAAAACACAGAAGUAACCCCUCAGAAAUAAAAGGCCAGCAUGACACAAAAUUUCCAUCAUUGCCCUUACGGGGUUAAGAGUUUUUUUUUUUCUAAACAGAAUGUGAGUAGCUAUAGAACAAGGAUGCCCCAGAUGUCCUAAAACUACAACUUCCAUGAUGCUUCGUCAUUCUAUAAAGGCAUACAUAGCACCAUGGGAGUUGUAGUUGUACAACAUCCGGGGAUCUACCUUUUGUGCACCCCUGCUACAGAACAUACCAGACAUUUCUUAUGAUGUGCAUGGUGCUAGUCACAGGGAGCAAGCAAUGUAUGGGUUUGACAGAUGGAGGUUGCUGGAGUUGACCUGCACAACAUCAUUGAGCCUUCUUUAGAGAUCUGUGCAUAACUAUGAGACACAGGUUCUUUCCCAUGACUCCGUUGCCACUAUGGUCUCCUCCAGAGACAUCCAUACAUUCUCAUUCUAGUAUUUAAUUUUUUAUUGCUGUGAUCUCUGGACCACCAAACUUACAGAGGUGUAAAAUGGAUGAAGACCCUAUUCUAUAUAAAAUACUAUACACUAAAACGAAUACUGUCAUAUUCUAUACUAUACUAUACUAUACCAUAAUACUAUAACAUAACUGCCACUUCUGCAAUAGUGACAGUUCCCCAUUCCCUCGCCCAAAUGAAUGGUAUUGUGUUUAUUGGGGUUAGGAAAGGAAUGCAGAUAAAUAUAAAACAUCCUUACUGCUACAGCACUCCUGGGACAUAGCCAGAUUACUCAUAAGGCAGCAUAGGUGUUCUAUCUGUAAGGGGGUCCUCUCUGAGUUGACGGGCAGAUAAAAAAAGAAAAAAAAAUGUCCCUGCUUAGGCCUGAGCCUCCUCUUUUGCUCAAGGAAGCUUUGUGGUCUGCACCUCUUGGGUGCAGAUCACUUUAAGAGCUCCUUCACUGUCCUCCAUCAACAUUGACUGAAUGCUGAGACCGUGUGGAAGCUCUUAAAGUGACUUGCACCUAAUACCAGUGCAGAUUACAACACUCCCUCAUCUGGGAUCCUUUUUUCAGUGUGCAUCCACUGGACCAUCAUGAAAAGAUAAGUAGGAGAGGGGCAAACACACACAGACAACAGUUAGACACACACAACAAGACAACAAAUUAGGCAGCAAUAUGCAAUGUCAAUCUGCAGUUGCUAAGGCCAGUAAGAUUUUGUCAUUUAUAAAUAGGGGCAUAAAUUCUCGGGAUGAAAAUAUAAUUUUGCCUCUUUAUAAAUCGCUGGUAAGACCACACCUUGAAUAUGCUGUGCAAUUUUGGGCGCCUGUUCUAAAGAAGGAUAUCAUGGUACUGGAGAGGGUCCAGAGACGAGCUACAACAUUGAUAAAAGGAAUGGAGCAUUUUAGUUAUGAAGAAAGGUUAAAAAAAAUUAAUCUGUUUAGUUUGGGAAAAAGGCGCCUUAUGAUAACUUUAUACAAAUAUAUUCGGGGCCAGUACAAACGUUUAUGUGGAAAUCUAUUCAUAAACAGGGCUAUAAAUAGGACACGAGGUCACACAUUUAGGCUGGAAGAAAGGAGAUUUCAUCUAAGGCAAAGAAAAGUUUUUUUUACAGUAAGAACAAUAAGGAUAUGGAAUUCUCUGCCUGAAGAGGUGGUUUUGUCAGUCCAUACAGAUGUUUAAACUGACAUUGGAUAAAUACUUACAAAAACAUAACAUACAGGGAUAUAAUUUCUAAUUAGUGGGGUAAUAGCUGCUUGAUCCAAGGAGACAUCUGACUGCUAUUUUGUGGUCAAGAAGGAAUUUUUUCCUAGUUUGUGGCAAAAUUGGAAGCGCUUCAGAUCAGGUUUUUUGCCUUCUUUUGGAUCAACAGCAACAACAUUUCUGAGGCUGAACUUGAUGGACGCAAGUCUCUUUUCAGCUAUGUAACUAUGUAACUCCUCCACACACAAGCCACUGCAGACAUAACACUCAACCAGCACACAAAGGGGUUCUCUGCCUCCUCCUCCCACACAACUCAGCCAAUAAACACACACUCUUACACACAACACUAAUAGAACAGAGCCCAGGACUCUAGGAGGGGCCCCAACCUGGCAUCCUGCCUCAGGCCCUGGGCAACACAAAUUUGUCUAUGUUCUGAGGUCCCCUCUGGCAAUUCCAGCCUGACAAACAAAAUAAAAAAGGGGGGGGGGAGAGAGAGGGGACAUGCAGAACACGCAGUGGUGAUGUUGUAAAGACACAACAUAUGUUUAAAGAUUUAAGGAACAGUGUUUUACUUAAAAUCUACUAUCUUGGCAAACAAACAUGGGAAUUAGGUUACACCAUUCGGCCAUAUAAUCCGCUACGCAACAGUUCCACAAAAUAAAGCAAAAUAAACGUUCGAGAUUAGUAAAUAAAACACUAGCACAACCCAAGUAAAUUUUAGUUGGCUAUUGAUUUGUGCAAAAACUAAAAAUUUAAUUCGCUUUGUUUGUCUUUUGUUUGAUGGGUGACUGCAUUAGGGCCUUAAAAUUCAAACACUUUUAACAUGUCUGUUCCUGAAAUGGUUAAAGGAAUUGUUAAUAAAUAAUGAGUGUCCCUGGUUCCUCUGUGUGUGCAAGAAGAAUCCACUCCAUUAUCUAGUCACUGGGAAGAUUAGUCAGAUGUGACUAAUCACCAACAUGACUGUUUUGAUCUAGGUGUGCUGCUGUUUGGUCAGUACGCCUAUUCUCUGUUUAGGAAAAUGUGGUAAUACCAGUUGCAGCUUCUCAUAAAAUAAUAAUGUAGAGUACCUUGAGCACAUUUUUUUUUAGAUAAGGAGACUUUACUGUCACUUUACUUCUCAAUGGCAACUGCUUACUUUUGCAAACAUUCCAAGUGCCUCUUUUUAGUAGAGACCAUCCAUAUUUGGUCCCAGAUCACCCUGUUCCUCUUUUCUAUCCUAAUGUUCUUCUGUUUUGGAGCUCCAUAUUGUUGGUGUGGCUGAGUAUAUACCAGAGCUCCACUGCAAUGCUCACAUGACUGCAGACCACAAACUGCCUUGCAGUAUAGUUAGGGGCAAGGGACGGCCAACAGUCUGGGAGAUCUUUUGAUCUGAUGAGCAGAAUUUUAACCACUCUUGCUAAAGAGGGUUUGUAAGGCACCUGGGUUUGUUCAGCUCUGCAAAUAUCUACUCUAGGACAGUUUUAGUUCAAAUUGUGUAUGGUCAUAGCAGAUAAGUUGUACUUCUGACCAAAGAGAGUCAAAGAAGGUUGUAACUGCUGGCACAAGGAUGAGCUAGCUGUACUAAAGAGUUCCUAAAGUUGUAUGUAUUCAUUACAAAAUAAUAAAUAAAAAAAGCUAUGAUACAUGCAAAAUGUUGAUUUCAGUAAUAAUAAAUUGAGUUUUCCUUUAAUUUUGGAAAUUGGUCAUCCCACUAAAAAUUAAACGAGUAAACCAUGUUUUUAUUUAAUAACCGAAAACUGAGGAAAAAAUAAAGGCACUCAACGUGCUGUAAAAACAUGAGCAGCAAAAACUGCACCUCCUCAGAACAGUUGCCAUAGAUUAAAAAUAUACCAAAGUAAGGAUCUGCUCUAAAAUAUAUAUCAUCUGUCCAAUGUUAUCAAAACCGUGAUGAGCAUGUAAGAGAAAAUACAUAAAAAUAUGGUGCAAAUCAUUAAAUAUUAGGUACACACCUCACAUAAAUAAUGGUGCUAAUAAUUACAACACAUUGUACUAUACACUGAUCAGCCACGUAUUGGGAAGCAAGUGAAUAGUCCGUUCUUUUCAUGUGUUGGAAGCCAGAAGAAUGGGCAAGCGAAAAGAUCGGAGUGACUUUGACAAGAGCCAAAUAGUGAUGACUAGAUAAGAGUCAAAGCAUCUCCAAAAUAGCAAGUCUUGUGGAGUGUUUCCUGCAUUCAGUGGUUGGUGCAAGGAAGAACAACCGGUGAACCGGCCUCCGUGUCAUGGACGUCCAAGGAUCAUUGAUGAACAUGAGAAACGAAGGCCAUUUGGUCAGAUCACAUGAAAGAGUUACUGUAGCUCAAAUUGCUUAAACAAAACGAAUGCUGGCCACGAUCAAAAGGUGUCAGAACACAUAGUGCAUCAAAUAUGGGGCCGAGUACCCUCAAAUCGGCCAGAGUGCUCAUGGGGACCCCUGCCCACCACCUAAAGCAUCUUCAAUGGGGAUGUGUACGUCAGAACUGGACCAUGGAGCAGUGGAAGAAGGUUGCCUGGUCUGAUGAAUCUAGUUUUCUUUUAAAUCAGGUGGCUGGCCAGAUGUGCGUGUCAUUUACCUGGGAAGAGAUAGCAGCAGGAUGCAAUAUGGGUUUAGGGCUGGCUGGCGAGCCAGUAUUAUGCUCUGGGCAAUGUACUGCUGUGAAAUCUUGGGUCUUGGCACUCAUGUGGAUAUUAAUUUGACACAUACCACGUACUUAAGUAUUGUUGCACCCCUUCAUGGCAAUGAUGUUCUCUGAUGCAAAAAAAUUUCGGAAAUGGUUUGAGGAGCAUGACAAAGAAUCAAGGUGUUGCCUUGGCUUACAAAUUCCCCAGAUCUCAAUCCGAUUUUUGAGCAUGUGUAGAAUGUGCUGGAACAGCAAAUCCCAUCCAUAGAGACCCCACCUCACAGCUUGCAAGACAAAGUAUCUGCUGCUAAUGUCUUGGUGCCACAUACCACAGGACACUUCCAGAAGUCUUGUGGAGUCCAUAUCUUUAUGAAUCAGAGCUAUUUUGGCAGCAUGAGGGGCACCUAUACGAUAUUAGGCAGGUGUUAUUUUAAUGCUGGGUAUCUCUCUCUAAGUUAUAAUGUACAAUAGUGCAAGAAAUCUAAAUAAACAGAAGUAAUGUAUGGCUGUGUUGGAAUUCGGUUAAACUAGAACCAACUAAAGUGGUAAAUUCAGAGAGAAGAUUGAAAUACAGCUGCCAGGGCAAAAAGUAAUGCCAAGUUUCCAAGCAGUUACAAGAAUCAGAGCAGACUCUGCUCUAUGUUCAGCAUAUAGAAAGCAUGGAGACCUUUGCUCUGGACCUGGGACUCAUACUUUAAGGGACCCUGCUGGUGUGGGAGUUGCACUCACACAGGCUUCCACCUCUGUGCAAGCAGGUGCUUAGAUGUGACAUCAUAUCCUGGCACACACAAUCUGUGCUAGCAGAGCAUGCAGGGAAAGUAAGAGGAAAGCAUGUGUUGGUCAAUACUAGCCUUUUCUGGACUCCAGGGACAGUAGUCUGGAGCUUUCCCACUUCUUUCCAAAGAGUAGAGGGAAUGAUAUUAGAAUUUUGGAUUUGCUAGUGUAUGCGUGUCAGACACAAUCACUGACAUGCAUACGUACUAAUUUACAUACACUCGAAUUAGGUCAUUUCUUUUUUUUUUCUUUUCUUUUUUUUUCUUUCAUUGCUAGUUUAUCUAUUAUUUCAUAUCUGCGUGUUUAUGUAUUAUUGUUAAUUUUGUUUGUGUACUCUGCAGGGAGUACUGUUAUAGUAUAGUCCUAGUGCCUUAAACCUAGUACAAGCAUUAUUAUUAUUAUUAUUAUUAUUAUUAUUAUUAUUAUUAUUAUUAUUAUAAAGCGCCAACAAAUUACGCAGCGCUGUACAAUGGGUGCACUAACAAACAAGUAUAUGUGACCAGAUGGGUUGGAUGCACAGGAACAGAGGGGUUGAGGGCGCUGCUCAAUGAGCUUAUGAGCUAGUGGAUUAAUGAUGUGCUUACGCUACACUUGUUGGGAACACUUCCCUAGUGUCCCCAAAGUCGAAAUCGUGGGACAGGAGCUGAAAAUUGGGACUGUCACACAAACUCUGAUAGUGUUUGUGUGACUUUUUAUAUCUGUAUGUAUGCAUGUCAACAUGUAUCUAUGCAUUUUAGGGUGUCUGUGUAUGCUUGUGUGAAUGUGUUGCAGAGUAGCAAGUUAUGUAUGUGUUUCUGGCUAAUUAUAUGUAUGUGAUUGGAUAAAUAUUUUUAUGUAUGCCCUGUUGGAUUAAAGGGACUUGUUAUGUAUAUGUGAAUAGGGCCUGGACCCUGCAAAUGGUAAUGGUGAACCUGUGCUUUAUGUUGAACAAGUUUUAAAAAAUAUUAAAUAUUUAAGUGGCUCUGUCACUUUUCAGUAUUUUAUGCAGAUAAAAUCUUUAUGAAAUACUGAUCGAGAUUUUGUUGGAAUUUCACUGAAAUUCCAACGCAAUCCAAAAACGAUAUAAGACAAAGUAGGUUUAACAAAAGGCAGAGCUCCACCAUCAACUUCCGUCCAUUCACAUUUAAUGGCUGUGGGAUUCAGACAUGGACCUAGGGAGGCUACCAUGGACUUGUAUCCUUCAUAGGCUUCUGUGCUGAUCCAUCACCUUGCAAAAGAAGCACCAGGAGCAGAAAAGGGCUGCACCACAAGGGGCAGCUCAAGAUAAAUAAAGCUUACUUCACCUGCCCCCCGCGGCCACCAGACCUACACUGGAUCUGUUGAUUUUUGGAAAUUUAUGAAAAAUACAAGAUCCUCGAAAGUGACAUCUGCUUUAAUAAAAUAGAAUGUCUAAAACAAACCCUCUGGAUUAUGUUCCCUUACUUUGUAUGAGAAAGACCAUUGCAAAUUUAUAUCUAUAUAAACCGAUAUUACACAUUACACCACUUAUUAAAACCGCACUAAAUUCCUAAUUAAAGGGAUACAAUUGUAGCUUGCUCACAAUAUGUUGAUAAUUGGUUUGGUACAACUCUGUUUUUAGGAAAUAAACCUCUUACAUUCUGUCAUGUUCUCUUUGGGGAUAGCUCCUCUUUGAUGUACAAUGUAAUUCUAGAUCUGUGCCAUGCUAAUGUUGUGUUUGCUUUUUUGUUUUCUUAGCCAAUCUGCCAAGCUUCAUAUCAGAAUAACCUAGAUGAAGUCAAGCUCUUGCUAGAUGAAGACAUCAAAGUCUUAAAUGUACGUGAUCGCUUUGGGGGAGAUACUCCUCUGAUAUGUGCCUGUAAAAAAGGACACGUUCGAGUGGCAAGUUAUUUACUGUCCAUGAAAGCGGAUAUAAACCUCACAAAUGAUGUAAGUACUAAAUCUAUCAAUGUUCUCACAAUGUGAUUUCAUAAUUCAAUACACUGCUUGUACACUCUUACAUGUUAAUUUGGUUCCCAAUCAAAUCCUGAAGAACAAAUACUCUUGGGCUUAAAUGGACAUGAACAUUCAUCACUCAACCUUUUGCUUUUUUUUUUUUUUUAAACAACCAAGCAAACACUUUAAGCAAAUAUACAAACAAAAUAAAGGAAGAAAAACUUUGCAAAGUAUGGAAUAAAUGUUUAAACGUGGUAUAAAUUUUGGUUAGAAUGCAUUGUUGGGCACGCCUUCUACCUAGGGGACAUUCUACCGUAUUAAUGGUGUAAUUGUUUUAGGAUAUUGGCACAUAGUGUCGUGUACAUUGAUCAGUAGAUAACAUUAUUGCAGUUCAUCUACAGAGUUUUUUUUGGCUGCAAACCUGUGAUGAGUAGUGAUUGCCAGGUAUUGUAGAGACUUGGCAAAAACUAAAAAUAGAUACAUUCUUUAGCUCUGCUCUAUUGUCCAGAAAUGACUAUCCCGUUGCCAAUCCCCUGGUUUAGUAAAUAAAUUCAAAGUGUCCAAGAUUGAUAACUACUGUCCUCUUUAUUGAAGAAAGAUUACUACUUUUUGUUCAAGUGCACAGUUUGGAAUCCGCUUUUGCAGCAGGCUGUUUUUUGUUUUUUUUAAUUACAAACAAUCCUAUAUACAUAUUACUUUUGGAAACCAGACCUAUAAAUCAAAAUCAAGUUUUAUAUAAUCCACUUUUGUAGAACUACAAUCUUUUUAUGAUUGCAAAAACAGUUAACCACAUUUCAGUUAUUCAAGAAUAUUUAUUUCAAGUUAAAUGGCAGGUGAAGGUGACCUACUGUUUGUUUUAUCCCAUUACUAUGCCUGCAGAAAGAAAGGACAUGUUUGCACUAUGCUGUAAGACGAAGAUUUACAUUCCUGGACUACCUGCUAAUAAUUAUUUUAAUGCCGGUUUUGCUUGUUGGAUAUCUUAUCAUGGUAAGUGCACACUGAUAAGUGUUUUUUUGGGUUUUUUUUCAUAGUAUGCCAAUUUAUUCCAUGGUAACUCCUAGCCUGUAGGAAUUUUCUUUACAAAGAUUUAUUCAAUGGUUGGAAGAUGUGAUGUUUACUGAAAGUAUAACAUUUUAUUUUACAGAUUUACUUGUACUUCUAAUAACUUUAAGAAUUAAUGUAGUGUGGGUUUAUAUUUUUUUGUUUGUUUGUUUUAAGGUAGGAUGAUCGCUAGGGAGGUAAAAACAAGUAAUUUUUUUUUCUAGUAGGUUUCCAACACUUGAGAAUAUCUGGCCACAUGGUCUGGGACAGAAAAAGGCACUUUUGAUCAAGAGGAUUAACCACUAUGUGUGUAUGUGUUCCAAGUAGAUUUUGGACGCCUGGCUCUGAAAUAUAUAUUGUAAACCGGUGGUACAAAAGUAUACGGAGACCAAUGGACUAGGUGUUCCACAUUUUAAUUAUUAUAUGGAUUUAGACUGACAUACAGGAUUAGUAAGAAAAGAAGGUCCUGUCUAAAUGAGCUUACAAACAUGUUUGUCUUGUUUACUUAUUGUACAGUGCUAUGGAGUAUGUUGACGCUAUUUAAAUAACUGUAAUUUAGCACAGCAGAUGGGCACGAGGGCUUGAAGAUGCCGAAGUCAUCUUUGUAAAAAUGGGAUGAAAGUGUUUGUUUUUUUUAGUUUUUUUUUUAACAAUCGUACUGCUCUUUCCUAGUAAAUUAACCCUUUGCACACUGCUGACAAAGAGAGGAAAGGUGAAGACCACAUGGUUACUUGGGGGUUCUGACGAUCACAUUUCCUUAUUUAUUUGCUUCUUUUAAAAGGGACCUGAUCAUGUGUUCCCCCCCAGCACCUCCUUCCCCCCCUCUCCCUAGCCUCUCCUCCUCUUUCUCUCCACCAGCAUCUGAUUCCAUUCCGCUGCUGUGAGGAGGUGAGGGCACAAGGGAGCACUGACUUACCUGCUGUUCCAGCACUGCUCCCUCUGCUGAUGCCGCCGAGAGACAGGAAAUGACGUCAAUAAGGUGGCGCCGCCUGAUAGACGUAAUUUCCUGUCUCCCGGCGGCAUCAGUGGAGGGAGCAGUGCUGGAACAGCGCUUAAGUCAGUGCUCCCUCGCAGCCCUCCAUCCAUCCCACCAACGAUACGAAAGCAGAGUAGGCACCUGCCGUUUUGGGCAGGCAGGUGCCUGCUCUGCAUUGCUGCCGGGGGGCCUAAGUCUGGCCUCUUUCAGCAGGAUAAUGCACCCUGCUACGCUGCAAAAAUAGUUCAGGAAUGGUUUGAGAAACAUUACAAGGUGUUGCAUUGGCCUCCAAAUCUCCCAGAUCUCAAUCCAGUUGAGCAUCUGUGGGAUGUGCUGGAACCACAAAUCCGAUCCAUGGAGGUCCCAUCUAGCAACUUGCAGCACUUACAGGAUCUGUAGCUAAUAUCUUGGUGUCACAUACCAUAGGACACAUUCAGUGGUCUUGCAGAGUCCAUGCCGCAACGCUUCAGAAGUGUUUUGGCAGCACAAGGGGAACCUACACAAUAUUAGGCAGGUGGCUUUAAAGUUGUGGCUGAUCAGUGUAUAGUAUAAUAUACAAGGCUUAACAUUUGAAAUCCUAUACUACUCGCCUAGCCUUAAAAGUUACCUGCCACUGCAAGCUUUAGCAUACCAGUGAUAAAUUUGGUGGACCAUAUGGUAUUUUCAUUUAAAGAGGACUAUUUCAAAUAAGGGUUAGUUUUACCUUUCUCCUGAAAAGCCAACCAAAGAGCACCCUGACCACUUAAUUUCAGUGAAGUGAUCUGGGUGCAUUGGUCCUUUAGUUUUAACCCUGCAAUGUAAAGCUUUGUAGGGUUAAAUACGCUUCUAGUGGCUGUCUGAGUAAGAACCUACUCAAACUUGGUUCUCACAGCUAACCUCUGAUUUAUCAGAGGAGCUGGGCACGCAUGCACUUUUUGUCUCCAAUACGGAACAUUGGAAUAAACCUUUUAGAAGCAUUGCUGUGAUGUCGCGGGAGGCGUAUUGAACAACUGCACUCUGUUGGUGCUGGAAAAAAGAGAAGUAAUAUGCAUUUAUUAAUUUUUAUUUUUUUUAUUCAUAUUUUGGUGGGGGUAGGCUAAAUUUAAUAAGAGGAGAGCACUAUAGGGUUAGUAACACAGAUUCCUUUUCCUUUAAAGGACCACUAUAGUGCCCUGAGGUCCCCCUCCCACCCGGCUCUGGAAAGGGGAAAGGGGUUUAAACUUACCUUUUUCCAGCGCUGGGCGGGUAGCUCUCCUCCUCCGAUCCUCCUUCUCUCCGCCCCGUCGGCUGAAUGCGCACGCGCGGCAAGAGCUGCGCGCGCAUUCAGCCGGUCACAUAGGAAAGCAUUCUCAAUGCUUUCCUAUGGACGCUGGUGUGCUCUCACUGUGAAAAUCACAGUGAGAAGCACGCAAGCGCCUCUAGUGGCUGUGAAUGAGACAGCCACUAGAGGAUUAGGGGGAAGGCUUAACCCAUUAAUAAACAUAGCAGUUUCUCUGAAACUAUGUUUAUUAAAAAAUGGGUUAACCCUAGAAGAACCUGGCACCCAGACCACUUCAUUAAGCUGAAGUGGUCUGGGUGCCUAGAGUGGUCCUUUAAUAUUAUUUAACCGUGUAAACCUGACAAUCUCACAGCUCUGCAUAUAUUGUAUAUUUUAGACUGAAACAGACACAGAAUGUUUGGAGAACCCUGCAUACAAACUAAAAUCUCCUGCUUGUUUCCCCCAAUAUACCAAUGACUAGCGAAGCAAAAAUAUGUCUUCACAACACAAUUGCAAAGUUUAAACAAAUUUAGCCAAUUUGGGUAAAGUAUCCAUUUUACAAAGUAUUAUUAAUUUCACCACAGAUUACUUUUGGAUUAAAUCACGGAGUUAUAUCUUGUGUUUCUUAGUAUUUCUUAAUACAUUCCUUUAAUUUCUUCACUGUGUAUAGUUUCCAAAUGUGGGUUCUGAUCAAAGCUUAUUUUUUUGUAAAACAGAUUUCAAAGACCAAGCAGAAUGAGAAACUAAUACGGCUGUUAGUAGAGUAUGGAGUGGAUGUUAAUGUGCAAGAUUAUGUAAGUAUUUUUAGAAUUCUUAUGUACAAACGUCUUACAAAUUCCCAUUCCAAUAUCAUACACCGAAUUCCAGUAAACCAUAAAUUCCUGCCAUAUGAUUUAUACACAGUAAUCAGACUUUCCUGACUUUCACCGAUGGACAAUAAAUGUAUGGAUGGCUCAUUUUGCAAGGUCAUAUUAGAAUAAAUGUUCUUAUAGUUAUUUGCAUUUCAUACUGGGCCACUAGAGCCAGUGGCAGACAGCAUGGAGCCUUGAAGAUACAAUAAGGUUCCCCCCACCAAUUACCCUAAAACCGGACUCCACAUUAAUAUUAAUCACAUAUCAGUCCUACGUCGUUAUUUGCUUAUUAAUUGAGAUGGAUUUAAAAAAGUCACAUGUCCGUCAAGUUCAUUAUUUCUAAGUACAUGAUUUUCUUUAACCUCAAAAACACUGGUUUAAAACUGGCCCAGAGUUUACCUUUUUACACUGUUCCAUCAGCUUUUUUUUGGAAGGGCAGUCAUGUCCAUGGGCCGUACUAAUACACUAAACAGACAUGGGGUUCUCUGGUCUUACAAAAUAUAUUUAUAUUGAUUAGUAAUACAAGCACAAAUAAACAUGGGAUGUAGUUAAGGUAUUCAAUUAUAAGUAGACCUAUACAUGCAGAAGGAAUGAUAACCCAGGAGAAGAGAUCAAGGUAAGAGAAAUCCACUCCAACCAGAUGCUUAGGAGACAAUUAAAAUGAGGACUGGUGCAUCUAACUUAUCCCAGUGAUGGUAUCCCCUUAUAUUUGGGACUCAAAGUUAUUUUGUUCCUUUGUUUGCAGUGGCAAAUAUACCAACCUGUUCCCAAAUUGUCAGAUAACAUUCUCGCAUGGACUAUGAUCCAACACACAGAACUUAAGUGAACAAAAAUAAACCAGAAUGCAAAAGCGUAUUUCGGGCCUUAGAGUAGCUAAGCUUAAUGCUAUAUAGAAUAGUACAAGAAAGACCGGUCAGGGACACAGAGAAUAUGUAGACAAGCCAAAGUUUAAGGAUAAUAGAAUGCAGAAUGGUCAAGAUGCAAGCCGGGGUCCGAUAACUUAGAUACAACUAUAGAAAACACACUUUAGGAUAACAACGAAGAAAAACCACGACAGGGCUCAACAUAAUGGCCAAAUGAGCUUAUGUAGCCCUAGGAGGCAGUAAUUGGUUAUUAGUGGUCAUGUGACCCCAGAAUGUGCGUGGUGUGUGCACAUUCACGCAACUUAUUGGGUCAGGGAAGGUGUAGCCAUCUAAGAGCUCCGAUUUGCGUCAGCCAGCAUCAGGAAAAAGACUGCAUUACAGUUCGGCCACAGAGUGCGUAGACGGGAAAGACACUACAGGCAAGAGGAUGCGCCACACCAGACUGGUCCCUGAUAGUAUUGAAUAACUCGGAGGAGUGGGUAUCCCCUCAAAUUCUGUCUCAAGUCACAAAAGGAUAUGAUCCCAUUGUACCUUUACAUUUAAAAAAAAAAUAAAAAAAUUUAAAUAUAUUCUUCCCUCCGCACUUUCAGAGAAAAGCAAAUGUCUAAUUGCAGUCUGACUGCCAAUAAUGGGAAUUACAUUUGGAUAACAUCGGAAGACAUAGAGGUUUAUAAACACCUUACAUUUCUACAGCUCAAAUGGUAAAAUAGAAUCUGACAAUAAACGACACACAUGUCGAUCCGUGAUAUGACCUUCAGCUUCUCACUUUGGAGCUAUCUCAAGGGUGUUUGAUUCACCAGCUGUUUAGCCCCUACUGCUUCUUCUUUUCCAAUUCAAAAAUCCAUAUCACGCUUUUUACAAUAUGUUGAUUUAGCCAGCGCUAUGCCUUAAGUUAAAGCUGCAUUAUACCAGUAUACAAAUAAUUGGUGGGAUACAUCUCUGGAAAACUCAGCUUUCCCGUGAGUCUAGGUUUAUGCCAAUUUUUUUUGAAAUGAAGAAUGAAUUUUUUCUGAUGCUGUCCAUAUCAUGUUUUGUUAAUAGGCCCAUUGAUCAUUUCUUGUUGUCUCUCUUACUGUAAAUCCACAGAUGAGUCACUUAACCUCAUAUUUCCCUUGCUGACCGCGUCAUCAUCCUAAUAAUGAUUGACUGGUGCUGGUGAUCUCAUAUGCUUAAAUGAACACAUUAGUAACUGUGUAUAUCGGUUUCAUCAUGCGUUGAGUGCAUCAAAUGGCCUGUUUUUGAUCUGAUAAUUGAUCAGAAUGUUCCAGAAGCAACACAAUGGUUUUCCUUGGGGAACAGAUAAGAAGUAGCAUUGAAAGCUCCUAAGUCAGAAAGCAUUCCAUUUGGAAAGUGCAUUUACAAACCGUAUCACAUGGUAUCUUAGUCUUUAACCAUGACAUUCUGUUUUGCCAGUCAAGAGAAUAUAAUGUGCUUGUUUUCCUAGCUGAAAUGAUUUGCUUGCUCGUUACAGUGUUGACAUUUUAGGUUCAUCCUAUUUGCGUAGGAGUUCUCCAAACACAAUGCUAGAACAUUAUUAGCCAAAGGGCAACCAACGUCUUUUAUGCAUACCAUUAAUCUCACAAAAAAGUAAAUGAAAAAUAUGUUUAGUAACUCCACCAGAAGCAUAUAGUAUUUAUCUAAUUUAGGGAUAUUCACGAAAGUCAGAAUUCAGGGUAAAUUUAAGAUCAAAAUAACCAACUGGAAAUAGUCAGCUAUACUUUCCAUUCAGCUUCUCUGAUCUUAAAUUUUAAAUUCUUUGAAUUCUCAUCUUACUGAAUAACCCUGCCUGUUGCAAACAUGCACCAAGAUGGCAAAAUCUAAAAUUUGUGUACACGCAAAUAAUUGGAUGUUACAGAAGCAUUCAGUGUUGCUUUAAAUUUAAGAGUCUCUCUAAAAUCUAGCAUGGAUUAUGUAAUCCGGUGACACAAAAUAUGGGAGUGCAUGAGUAAUUUGCAGUACGGUUUUGUGUUUUUCAUUGAAAUAACACAAAGUUAAAGGGACUGUUUAGGCACGAUAACUACUUUAUCAAAAUUAAGUUAUGGUGCCUGAAGGUCCCUGACGCUGACUCGAGAAUUUGAGAAUGGUUUAACCCAAAAGUCUAUGUUCCAACGCUGAAUCUCUGCCUCUUUGCCCUUCCGUUUUCCAAAAUUCUUUAAAACAGAAGGUUCUAGCAGAAUUGGGCAGCGGUCCGUUGACUCUAUUGGCCAAUCCUUUAAAACUGGCUUGAAAAGAAACUUCCCUUUUUCAAGCCAGUCUUUUAUAUAUGGGUAUAUUUGCACUUUUGUGCUGUGGGCUAAUUACACCCCCCGGUACAUGUGACUUUGGCUGCCCAGAACUUUGGUGCAGACUGCCAAGUGUUGAUUUUGUGCAAACUUUACGUCAGCCGUCAAUGCACACUUCAAUGCUCUACUUCUGCAAGGGGGAAGCUUGUGUCUUCCUUUCUUCACUGCAGCCCCCCUGUGUCCAUAUAAGCUCCAUUUAAAUGUAUUUAUUUUUUUUUUAAGAUCCCUGCUCCCUCCAUCCCUCUAGCUCAGAGCUUCCCUAUGAGAAACAUUUGAUAAGUCCCCGCAGCAGCUGCAAUGACAUCAGAUGGGGGUGUACUGAACAGCUCCGGGAAGUUUGCCUGCCACUGUUUUUUAAUUCUUUUGUUAGCAAUUGGAUAGUGGACCUAAUGAAUAAUGCCCAAUGGGGCAAUAUUUGUUUAAAUACAAAAUUAGGUUUAAAAAAAAAAAAAAAGUUUGAGUAACCCUUUAGCAAGGGAAUUGCUAAUAUUUACUUACAAUAGUUAAAAUGGGGGGGAGGGGGAGGGAAAUACAGUUUAGCUAUUUUGGCCUAAAAAAAUUAAUAUAUUGUAAAUUGUGGACAUUUACAGGGUUAGAGAAUAACCUUUCUAGUUACUACCUCUCUCUCUGGACCUUCAUUCAAGCAAAAUGUUUCUAGGCAGCAAGCUGGAACACAAGAAUAUAUAUGUGAUGAUUUGUAAUCAUGAAUAAUUAAUUAGGUAAUUGCAAAAUGAUAAGAUAAGUGUUGCUGGUUUUCCUGUUAGUUUAUUAUCAAAUAUAUGUCUGUAUGAUACAUAUGUUUAAUAGUUGUCAAAGCUUCUCAAUUGUACAUUAAAGCCAUAUCUUUAUUUGGACUUUAAUCUAGAACAUGCUUAAAACCCAUUUCUAUAGGAACUGAACAUUGGGUUGUAUGUUCACUAGUAAAGUACUGAAAGCUUAAUUUGAAAAAUUAACGUAAAUAUCUUUUGUUUCAGCUAGGAAACACUGCUCUUUAUUAUGCAUGCAAGAUGAAAAGUCAAACUAUUGUACCAAUUCUUAUUGACGCACAAGCAGAUCCGUAUUUAAAGAACAAGGCAAGUAUAAAAUACAGAUUGUGAGGUGUACUUAAAGUGACACUAAGCAUCAAUACCACUUAAGCCUCUGAAGUCUCAGUGCUCAAUUCUCUGCCAUUUAGGAGUAAAAUCACUUCCGUCUCUGUUUAUGCAGCCCUGGCUCACACAGCCUGCAUGGAAAAAAAAGAAAGAUGUUUUGCUCUAUAAGCUCUUAUCUCCUUCUCUGUAAGUUGACCUUUAAUCACAUACUGGAUGCUCCUGUAACGGGGUAUUAACAGUACAUGAGAUAAGAAAUUCUUAAUUAAACAGAAUGUGCAACAAAGGAAGUUUAAACAUUAGAUGUCUCUUUACAGGAAGUGUUUAGGAAGGCUGUGUGAGUCACCUGCAGGGAGGUGUGACUAGGGCUGUAUAAACAAUGUGAUUUAUCUCCUAAAUGGCAGAGAAUUGAGCAGUGAGACUGCAUGGGCAUGAUGUGUAGACCAAAACUGCUUCAUUAAGCUAAAGGUGUUUAGGCACCUAUAAUGUCCGUUUAAAUGUGUAUUGGUGGUUGUAGAUGUGUAACAGAUUUUGGGGGUCAAAGUUAAACACUUUUUCUAUUUUAAUUUUAUUAAAAAAGUAUAGUAUAUGAUGAAAAUAAUAUCUUUAGAGAAGAUAAGGUAUAUAAUAUGUGUGGGUAUAGUAAAUGAGUAAGAGGAAAAUUACAGCUAAACACAAACACCACAGAAAUGUAAAAACAGCCCUGGUCCUUAACGGUAAGAAAAUUGAAAACAGUUUGGUCAUUAAGGGGUUAAUAAAAAGGUUAGCUUUGGUUCAUUCUUAUCAGGUGUGUGUGUUUAUAUAAUUUUAAAAAGCAUAUUCCACAGCUCUACAAUAGGGGUACUAACAAACCUAUAGGUGAACUUAAAGAGCUGGACACACUGAAAGAAAGUAUUGAAAUACUUUGUAAAUCUUUAUUUUAUUUUUUGUAAAGGAUGGAGAGAGCCCAAUGGAUAUUGCAACGAGGUUAAAAUUCACCAAAAUCAUGAGCUCCCUAAAGAAGUCAUCCUGAAAUGGAAGUUGAAUGGUCUGUAGCUAUGCGUCUCUCUCUGUGCACUGGUCACACUUAGAAAUGUACAUACUGUAAUGUUCUCUUUGAGACAGAAGUUAAUGUUGGAUGUCUAUUUAAUAUUGCGUGUGUCUUUGAAAAUGGUCUCUUUAGAGGGUUUUACUGUGCAAAUAGUUUAGUUUACGGAAACUGUUUGAGCACAUUUUUUCUCCGGUGUACUCACGGUUUUUAAUGGCAUAUCUGGAUUUCUGCAUUGAUAAAUGAUAAAAUUGCUUAUUACGGACCUUUUGGGCUAGCCAAUCCUUCUGAAAGGCUGCAAGCAAUUAAAAAAAAAAUAUAUAUAUAAAUGAAAAAAAUACUAGCCUAUCUAAACUGAAAUAGAGGAAGGCCCUACUCUAAUAAAUUGUAAGAAGGAUGUAUGACAAAAGGAGUAGACAAACUGGGUUAGUUACUAAAGUGAAUUCCAAAUUUAAGACCAAAUGUAGCCGAACUGAAAACAUAGCUGCAUUAGACAAUUUUUCCUGUUAAUCUAUUUCGAUCUUAAAAUUUGAAAUUCACUUUUUUUUUUUGCAAAUAAUUCUGAUAGUGUUACCUUUCAUAUAGUUUAAUUUAUGGGUUAUCUGCGUUUGUGCAAAUAUCGGUGCAUCAUAGGUUUGCUUCACUUACUUCAAAUCUCACAGAAUUAAUAAUCAAAAGGUAGAACGUACAAGCCACUGGCACUACUUGGUUUUCAAUUAAGUCACUAUUCUGUCCUGAUUUGUUGCAUAUAUAAAGUAAUCUACAACCCAUUUUGAGAAUAGUCCCCACACAUUACACACAAUCCAACAUUUCUGAAGCACAUAUUCUUAUUAGAAUGUUUAAGGGAAAUGCACUGUACAAAAUAUUACAGAAAUAGCAUUGUUUUGUAUUGGAUGUUUGUUAUAAUAGGUUUUCCUUGCUAUAAAUGUUUGAUCAUAGCAUAUUUUGUCACUUAUAUCAGUUUAAUGUUCCCUGGAAUUCCAGGUUUAUGAAGUACAAUUUUCAAAAUGCUGACCCUGCCUAGAGACCUGCCAAGUUUUGCAAUCUAUACAAAUGUUUUCUCUAAUAAACACAAAUGCAUUUUUAAAUUACGUUUGUAAAACACUUUACACUCACACAGUUUUGUAAUAAAUAUUUAUAAAAUUAUUUAUUGCUUGAUUAAUCAAAAAAGGUCAUGGAUAUUUUAAAAAGUGGAACAAUGAUUGAAUUAAAAACUGUAUUCCAAAACAGAUUUGUAUAGCGAUGAAAGCACAAAAAUAGCAUUACAGAAUGGUUAAUCCAAAAACACAGAACCUAUGAAUUAACUCUCGUGCAAUUCAGAAUUUUUUUUUUUAUUUUUUACAUAUAAAUAUAUACAUACACGAUUCAGUAAAAAUGUGUUAAGAGUAUAUAAAUGUUUAUAUACAAUAUCAGAGAAAAUAUUUAAAUCUGCAGUCUAGUCAACUACUCCCAUCGCUCACUUUAAGACGCAAGCAGAACCUUGUAGUCUAAAAGUAUUAAACCUGAAUAAUUCCAUUUACCUGCAUGAGUUGUGUCCAUGAUUCUUUUCCACGUUGAUGAACUGGCAUGUGUGGUUCUAUGUCACAUGGGCUGCUUUUGGAUAACCUCAUUUACAUGAGCAUGCUUGUUAUUCUUAAAACAUAAGGUGGACACCAUAGUCUUCCCAAAUAUGCCCUUUGAAAUAAUGAUUGGAGCAUACCCCACCUUUUGAUUCCAGGUAACUAGUAGAGAAUGUUUUAGGGCUCCGCAUAUGAACUUAUGUUACCAGGCCAGUUUUCCGCUACUUAGGUCUUCUGGAAAACCUGUUUUUAAACACAGUUGUUCUACAUACUGAAGGGUAACAUUAUAUAUUUAUGAUAACCGUAACUGCCAAAAGAUUAAGAGUAAAAGCUAGCAAUUGUUUUAUCAUUUCAUCUCUUACAUUUGCAUCUCUCAUGACACAGAGGGCCAAUAUGGUUGAUGUUCUCCACUUAUGAAUAUGUGCCAACUGUAAACACAGCCUGCAUGAAAGAUUGUUUGUUUGCUUUAACAGACACUACACCUUGAACUUCAAUGUUUCUGCCAUAAUAAUUACUAUUAGACUUUAAAUUAAUGGAACAGUGUUUCUUAACAUUCCUGCGCUACUGUAAACAUUCACUGGUUACCAAAUCAAAGGAGGUGUGUAAAACAAUGGAACUUGUUUGGCGAAAUGAUUUUACCAAAUUAAACGGGAAGAUUAAGAAAUACAACUUUAAAAUCUGACCGGUUCAUACCAUCAAAUGAAAAGCUAAAUUUCUUUGGACAUCUACUUCAAAACUGGUGAUUUGACAAACAUUAAAAUAUUAUCAAUAUAUUUAAAUGUUUUAAUACAAUCAUUUCAGAAAUAGAUUAGAAAUUGACACUUCUAGAAAUUUGUUACAUCCACCUGUCUGUCAAUGAGGCAGCUGGUCCUAUUACUGCCAGGAUGUUUGGUAGAGAGACAGCAAUUGCCCAGAGUCUUGCAAAGACUUCUGAUUUAGCUGUAUUGGUAAGUAUGUGAUUGGACGGAUACAGAAAGUCUGGGCGGGUUAGAAGGGGAUGACUUGCAAAGGCUGCAGACAAGAGAACUGCAAGCUGUUUUUAUAUAUGGCCAAAUGAAAAUAAAAGCAUAAUUAAAGCGUGGUUUGUGAUAGUUUGGCAGUGGAGUGUACCCUUUUCAAUCUGUUUAAGGAACAACAAUAAUUAGAUCCUGAUUCUGUGUGAUCUAUUUAACAGCAGAUCAGCUAAUUUCUAGCAUUCGCCAAUUUUCUCUUCCAUGUACUGUUAAAUCCGCUCAGCUACCAGGUUCUCAUUUUGUGCUGGCAUCACAUGCUCUCACGCAGACUUUAAAAAAUAUAUAUAUAUAUAUAUUUUUUUUUAUUUAUUAACAUUUACCGAUCGGUUUAAAAAAAAUGGAAAAUGUCCACCUCCUCAAAAACUGUCAGAUCUAAGAGCAGGAAUGACAGAUACGUGUUCCAUAGCUUACUUAGAUAAACUAUAGUAAUCUGUUUUGAGUACUGCUUUAACCCCUUGAGGACACAUGACAUGUGUGACAUGUCAUAAUUCCCUUUUAUUCCAGAAGUUUGGUCCUUAGGGGGUUAAAGGUCUAGGCACGCCGUGUAGCGAUUAUGGAGUUAAGCCCAGUUUCUUGGGCAAACUGUUUAAAGGAACACUAUAGUCACCUAAAUUACUUUAGCCAAAUAAAGCAGUUUUAGUGUAUAGAUCAUUCCCCUGCAAUUUCAAUGCUCAAUUCACUGUCAUUUAGGAGUUAAAUCCCUUUGUUUCUGUUUAUGCAGCCCUAGCCACACCUCCCCUGGCUAUGAUUGACAGAGCCUGCAUGAAAAAAAAAACUGGUUUCACUUUCAAACAGAUGUAAUUUACCUUAGAUCAUUGUAUCUCAAUCUCUAAAUUGAACUUUAAUCACAUACAGGAGGCUCUUGCAGGGUCUAGCAAGCUAUUAACAUAGCAGAGGAUAAGAAAAUCUUAAUUAAACAGAAUUUGCAAUAAAGAAAGCCUAAAUAGGGCUCUCUUUACAGGAAGUGUUUAUGGAAGGCUGUGCAAGGCACAUGCAGGGAGGUGUGACUAGGGUUCAUAAACAAAGGGAUUUAACUCCUAAAAAGCAGAGGAUUGAGCAGUGAGGCUGCAGGGGCAUGUUCUAUACACCAAAACUGCUUCAUUAAGCUAAAGUUGUUCAGGUGACUAUAGUGUCCCUUUAAGUGAUUUAACCAAAACUGACGGUCUCAUACGCAUCCUCUAGAUUCGCCCCCUUUUCACACAGAGAUGUACAUUACAGCUAUGCCCGUGCAAUUGUUCCAACGCAUACAUUACCACAAUGCAUGGUAUAAAAACCUAUUUAAAAAAAAUAAAUAGUAUUUUUACAAACAAAUUUAGCCAGUGCAAAGCACAUUAACCCCUUAAGGACCAAACUUCUGGAAUAAAAGGGAAUCAUGACAUGUCACACAUGUCAUGCACCUACAGCUUAUUUAAAUUGUUCUGGUGAGUAGAAUCAUUACCUUUAAGCUUUUUGCUGUAAACACUCUUUUCAGAGAAAAUGCAUUGUUUACAUUACAGCCUAAUGAUAACUUCGCCGGCCACUCCUCAGCUGUUAGAGAGCAUUCCUGGGUCAUUGCUGCCUAAAUUUCAUCCAAACAUGGUGUCUCCACCCUCUGCAUGUAGACACUGAACUUUCCUCAUAGAGAUUCAUUGAUUCAAUUCAUCUCUAUGAGGAGAUGCUGAUUGGCCAAGGCUGGGUUUGACUUGUGCGGUGGGCAGGUCUAAAGGAAAUUGGGACUAAGUAAGCAGCUGCAGACUUGACUACAUUUAGGGAGGCAUGAGGGGACCAGGGUGGCUAGAUGGUGGUUUUAUCCCUAUAGGGUCAGGAAUACAUGCCUGUGUUCCGGACCCUAUAGUGCUCCUUUAAAUGACAGAAUUUCAUGUGAUUGUUUUUUUGUUUUUUUUUAAAUACAAAAAACCAUUUUUACAAUCCAAGAUAUUUAUUUACUUUACCUUCCAGUGCUAAAAAAAAAAAAAAAAGACACAGAAGUACCAUUUCCUAUUUCUAAUGACUAAAUUCUGAUGGUCAUAUAAUCACCAAUUUCUGGCCAGGGAAGAUAUAGUUAAGAGCUAGCAUUCCUUGUUUACAGUGUAUGCUAUUCUUUAUGUGGCUCCAUAUAAUCCAGUCUCAAACAACCAUAUCACAAUUCCUUCUAUAAGGCAAAUAGGGGUCCUGUAAGAAUCUAAAUAAAAAAAUAAUAAUAAUAAUGGUAGAAAUAGCUUUUUAGAUUUUGACUUGAACACCUGAACUACCUGAGAACAUUCACACUGCGCAAACCAUUCUUUCACUUGCAGCAGCUAUGCUUUGAGGAAGAAAUAGAAUAUUUGGUUUAGAAUACAAUCAGUACCUAAUUUUGCAGGUGAUUCAUGCUUUCAGAUGGAUUAUCAGUUGAUCCAGUAGUUUAUCAGUAUCAUUUGGCAGAUCACCUGCCCUGCCGACUACUAGAAAAUAAUUGUAUCUUAGACUAUCAAUGAGAUGACUGAUAGUCCGUUGUAAACAUCACAUCAGUUGCAAAGUUAAUACAAAACAAAAUAUUCCUACAUCAAAUCAAAAUGAUAUUCAUGGGAAGAAAAAUAUCAAAAUAUGUUUUAUCAAGACACAAAAUACUCUUUAACUAGAGUGAUGCAAUAGUGGUUCUGGCUCCAUAGAGUAGCGUCAGAAAGGAGUAAUGGCAUUUUGGUUCAGUGAUAUUCGGCACCUUGAAAAUGAAAUACUGUUUGCAUUAUAGGACACCGUUAAAAGCACAGUAACGUAAGGCAUGGAGUCCUGAGUGAAAGUUUUUGAUAUAUGCCUUUUGCUCAGUUACUGCAAAUUACUAUUGGUCACCUAUAAAAUAUGUAGCAGCAGCGCACUUGGUAUAAGUAUGGCUUGACAAUGUGAUCCUCUAGCAAUAUAGGGUCAAACAUUACUUUCUGAUUGGCCCUGGAUAUACUCAUUCAUUUUGUAGCCAUACCUUUAAAAAUCAACAUUUAGCAAAAGCACCUGAGUUAAGUCUGCAAUAGUUGGAAGACAGUCCUUGGUUAAGAUUUCCAGUUUCAAAUGCCAAUACUAGAGGAGUGUUCUAGCACCUGACUGUAGAAAUAUUCACGGAUAUUUUUUCAUCAAUUCGAGGAUUUCGUUGUACAUGCGAUAAGGUGCAUCUAAUCCCCAGAUGAAAUCUAGAUGUUCCCAUUCUGGAAUCUCCUUGUGAUAAACCAAAUUACUGACUUGUGUAAGCAACAUGGCAAUAUCCUUGCGGUCUGCUAGCCAGUCAUUGCCUCCAGUCCACAGGGCAGUUGGGACCUUCAUAUUUCUCACAUUGUACAUAGGGGGAGUGCUCUGAAAGAAAAAGCACGGUCAGAAUAAUAUGGUGCUUAGGUUUCCA